AUGUCGGCCGACGCUGAUACCACGGAGUCGCAAUUCCAGAAGAUCGGGGAUAUCGUUGAGCGGAACGAUGACACUGGUCUCAUGCAGGUCGAAAGUCUCUGCAUGAACUGCCACGAAAAUGGAACUACCCGCCUGCUACUCCUCCGUGUACCUUUCUUCCGUGAUCUCAUUCUCGAGUCCUUCGAAUGUCCGCACUGUUUCUUCAAGAACAAUUCCAUCAAGUCUGCCGGCCAGAUCCAAGAAUUGGGAUGCAAAUAUACCCUGGAAGUUGAGAAUGCGGAGGAUUUACAGCGUCAAGUCGUCCGAAGUGAUGUAGCCGUGUUCAAAAUCGAAUCCCUUGGUAUUGAGAUGCCGAAAGAGGCACAACUCACAACCGUCGAGGGUCUCGUUCAACGGAUACAUGAGUCCCUGUCGAGUGAACAACCCCUCCGCAAAGUCCAGGCGCCUGAAGUUCAUGACGCCCUGGUGCCUCUGAUUCAGAAACUAGAGGAUUACCUGAACGGGACCGGAUUUCCCUUCACCAUUUCUUUAGAUGAUUAUACUGGUAACUCUUGGAUUGCCCCCAACACCGCAGAUAAGGGCAACAAGUACAAGCGAACCGAGUACCCCCGGACUCAAGCACAAAACGAAGAGCUUGGCCUUAGCUCUGAUUCUCAGCCCGCUGGCAUCAAGCGGGUUGACGGAUUCGGAGAUCCCGAAGAUCUGGAUCUUGUUGAUGGGGUUUACUCCUUGCCCGCUAAUUGUCCCGGCUGUGCGAAGGACUGUGAGGUCAACAUGCAGAAAAUCUCCAUCCCGCAUUUUAAGGAAGUAUUCAUUUGGGCAACUGUCUGCCCUCAUUGUGGCUAUAAGUCAAACGAAGUCAAGACCGGAGGCGCAAUUCCAGAGAAGGGCACCCGUAUCACAUUGUCCGUUCAAAAUGAGGUAGACUUGAACCGAGACGUCCUUAAGUCUAACAGUUGCUCUAUGUACAGUGAGGAGCUGGAGCUUGAAGUUCAAUCCGGCACCCUGGGAUCACGAUUCACCACCAUCGAAGGUAUUCUGACUGAGAUUCGUGAUCAAUUGACCUCCACAAUCUUCGAUGUUGAGGACACCGCUCGGCAGGGUGGAGAUAGUAUGCCUGGGGAUGAAAAGAGCAAGUGGGACAGCUUCUUUGCACGCCUUGAGAAGGCGAUCAGCGGUGAACUGAAAUUCACGAUCACCUUGGUGGACCCGCUGUCAAACAGUUAUGUGCAGGACCUGUGCGCGCCUGCGGCUGAUCCGCAGCUCACGGUUGAAGAGUAUACCCGGACUGAAGAGGAGGAGGAAGAGUUUGGAUUAAAAGAUAUGAAGACUGAGGGAUAUGAGCAGGACGCCGAGGAGAACAAGCAGUAG